AUGACCUCUGCACCAACGGCAGAGGGCACCACAUCACCACCGUCAUCCGAAACAGCCACAAAAAGCACAACAACUUCGUCAAGUAGUACGACAAUGACAACGAGUGCAACAACGCCUCCUCCAAAUACAGCAACAGUUACUUCUGCAGGAAUAACGACAACUAGCCCGGCUGAAAUUUCCACGUCAAGCACACCCACCGGAACAACGACGAGUCCUAUCAUACCACCAGAGAGCACCACAUCG